AUUUGAUGGAAAUUUCAUACUUAGAUCUUCGUUUACCCAGUCACCUGCCUGAAAAGUCUUUUCUGGCCUACGAACAACUUCAAGAGCAUGAGACAGCUGAUUGUGAACAACUUGCAAAGA